UAAAAAACUAAAAGUAGGUAGCUGCAGAGUGCAAAGCAGAAAUCAAUUAUUUAUAUUAUCUUUAAUAUUGCAAUGGAUAUUAAUGUAUAUAAGGAAUGGAUUUCGACACCGGAUGUUUGCCGUUGUUGUUUAACAAAAAGGGGCAUAUUCGACUUUACAAAACACUGCAGAUCUGAAAAUGGAGAAGUCUUAUUGGACAUAUUACAAAAUUAUUUUCAAUUAACAUUGACUACGGAGAGAGGAUGCAGUCUGAUGAUCUGCUUAGUAUGUGCAGAGAGUAUAGAAGCUGCUGGAAAGUUCUAUAAGCAAGUGAAAAGUGCUGAAGAGUUGUAUAAAAAUUAUUUCGUACAGAAACAAGGUGUCGAUGAUGAACUGCAUUUGGAAGAGAGCUUAUUUAUUUAUCCUAACAGUGAUGAUAUUGGUGAUAAUGAAGCAAGUGCUUUGAUGGACGGGAAAAUAAUAAACAAUAGUUUAAACAGCUAUGAUUCAGACACUCCUAUAGCAAAUCAAAUGAGCAAGGAAAAUAACUGCAUUGGAAAUUUGAAUGGACAACAAGGAGAUAUAUUCCCGUUGUCACAAAUAACAAAACAAGUAUCGGAACGAAAACGCGUAAAAUUAACCUGUGAGACGGUUCUAACUGAGACCACAGCUUGUCCGUUCCGACAUCACAAGAGCUGGUUUCAAUGCUUCUUCUGCUUCAAAGAUUUUAUGGAAUUGAAACUGUUAAGAGAUCAUUACAUAAACGUCCAUGCCAACGCGGAGGAAGAAUUAAAAAAAAUUAAACGCUUCCCGCGCUCCCUCCAAAUUGACAUUUCGAAUUUAGAAUGCCGGAAAUGUCAAAUGGAUUUGACAGAUGUCGAAAAUAUGAUAGCGCACUUUGACAGUGUGCACCAAAAACGUAUUUACAAAGAAUGCAUAGCAGAUUAUAAAGUGAAUUCUAGUCCGUAUUGUUGCCAUAUUUGCGAAAAGGAAUUCCACGUGUUCCGAACGCUGACCACGCAUUUGAAUGAGCACUACGCGAAUUGCAUUUGCGAUGUGUGCGGCAAGUCGUUUUUGAAUUCGAAACGUUUGAAAGUUCACAAGCGAACGCACGAAAGUGGCGCGUACCCUUGCAAUCAGUGCGGGAAGGUUCUACGAACGAAAACGUCCAAAGCGAACCACAUAGAGAGCGCGCAUUCUAAACGAACAAUAAAAUGUCAUAUCUGCGACAAACCAAUGAAACAUUAUAACGACAGGAUAAAACAUAUGUCGGAAGUACAUAAUAUAACGCACACAUUUAAAUGUCCGAUAUGCGGGCGCGUGUACAACAUAAAACAUUAUUUGGCAACACAUAUACGGCAGACGCAUGGUAGCAAGAAUAAAAAAUGCACAGAGUGUAGUAUGUCGUUUAUAACGAAUCAUGGGUUGAAGAAACAUAUGUUGAAGCAUUCUGGUGAGAGGCCAUUCUCGUGUAAUGUGUGCUUUAAGUCGUAUACGCGUAAUUAUACUUUGAGAGAGCAUAUGCGGGAACAUGAUAAGAGCGAUUGUUAAGAAACGUUUACGAU